CGAGGUGGUGUGGCACUUAGCUUCGCUAGUUUGGCGCUGCUAGUUUGCUGAAAGCUCGCUACAUGUGAACGCAGUGAGCACAUAAUUACCAGUGCGUUAUUCCUCUGAGCAGUCACUACUAUGUCGGGGAAAAGUUUUCGUGUUAGCGACGGGGACUGGAUUUGUCCUGAUAAAAAAUGUGGGAAUGUGAACUUUGCCAGAAGAACAAGUUGUAACAGAUGUGGCAGAGAGAAAACCACGGAGGCAAAGAUGAUGAAGGCUGGGGGAACAGAGAUCGGGAAAACCCUGGCUGAGAAGAGUCGCGGACUUUUCAGUGCUAAUGAUUGGCAAUGCAAAACAUGUGGUAACGUGAACUGGGCCAGACGGUCUGAGUGCAACAUGUGUAACACACCUAAAUAUGCCAAGCUUGAAGAAAGAACAGGCUAUGGUGGAGGGUUCAACGAAAGGGAAAACGUGGAAUACAUUGAACGGGAGGAAUCAGACGGUGAAUACGAUGAGUUUGGAAGAAAAAAGAAAAAGUUUCGAGGUAAGAGCAGCAACAGCACGCCCUCCUCUAAAAGUGAGAAAAAAGAGGUGGAAAAACCUAAGGAGGAGGAACCGGAUGAUGAAGACGACGAUGAAGAAGAGGGCGAUCUGUCCAAGUACAAGUUGGAUGAUGAUGAUGAGGAUGAAGACGACGGAGAUCUUUCUAAAUAUGACCUGGACGCCAGUGAUGAAGACGACAAACCAGCCAAGAAAAAGGACAGCGCCUCAGGAUCGUCCCGCUCGUCUUCCCGUUCUUCCAGCUCCAGCUCACGGUCUAGGUCCAGGUCCCACUCUAGAAGCUCAUCUGCUUCCGGGUCUGGAUCUCGCUCGAGGUCCCGCUCCAGAUCCAGCUCCAGGUCUGGGAAGGACUCAAAUCCACCGAAGAGGUCCCGCUCACCUUCCUCCUCACCUGAGAGGGCACAGAAACGCAGCCGCUCCAGGUCUUCAUCUGGAGGGAGAAAACGGAGGCGUUCUCGAUCUCGUUCGUCCGAAAGGCGCCGUGGACAUUCGUCUGGAUCCUCCAACUCUGGCUCCAGUUCAAAAAAGACAUGACUUUGUUUCACCUAUCAAACAACUAAAAGGAAAUGAGUGCAGGUGCACUUUAAGACAAACAAACAAACAAACAAACGUUUGAUCGUACUAAUGAUUUGGGCAGACAUCUCUCUAAAGUUUUAUUUCCUUUCAAAGAAAAGUGCAUCAACAUGAUCCUGAGGUCAUCACAUGUGAGACCCUGGUGUUUCUACAGGUGAUGACUGAACCCUGCAGUCAAAUCAGACUGAAGACCACACAGUCUGUAGUCAGUCUUUAACUCUGCCCCCCCCCCGGCCCCACUCCAAAAAAUAUCUUGAUUGUUCUUAAAUGAUGGUUGUCAUUAUUUUAAGCCACUCUUUCUCCAACAAUGACUAAAAUAUAUGUCACAGAUGUAGCAGUGGCUCCAGCCUGUUUUAAUAUGUCUGUGUUUUGUUUUUAAUUUUCAAGGUAAGUAUGGUUUUCCUAUUUGAUUUGAUUUUUUUUUUCCUGUUGAUCAAAACAGUUUAAGAUGAAGACGUGGUUGACUGGUCAGAUAUUCCUCUUCACCACAGAUCCAAACAGAAUCAGAACAUUUUGUUCCUCACUGUAGAGAAACUAUAACAAGAUGAAGUCAUUUUGGUUAGAACGUCGAUGCAGUCUUUAAAUAAUGGAACCAAUAAAAUACACGUGUAAAUAAAUUCAUGUUGAAGCCCA